AUGGUCAAACCCGUUCCUCAGGAAAACUCUGUGGAUGAAACUUGUCCACUGCCAGGCUCUGCAAACACAAGCUCGUCAGACAUUGAGGGAGGAGAAUUUGAGUGGGAUGAGGUGAUGCAAGGUUACAUACUGUCCUCCUACUACUACGGGUACGCAGGAGUGAACAUAGUGGCUGGUUACGUUGCUGCCCGGUAUAGUGCCCGCUGGGUUUUAACCAUAGGACUGCUCGCUGCCGGUGUUUUCACGAUCUUGGGUCCCGUCUGCGCCAGUGCGAGCCCGGUGGUUUUCAUGAUAACACGAAUACUCGUUGGAACAUUUUCAGGUGUUAUUAUACCAUCAAUGCACGUUCUAGUUGGGAAAUGGUUCCCCGAAAACGAGCGACAAAGACUAGGAGGACCUAUUUUCUCAGCGUCAUACCUGGGCACUGUAAUAUCAAUGGCAUUGUCUGGAACCAUUGUGAAGAACCUGGGCUGGUACUCUGUGUUCUACAUUUUCGGCGGCGUCGCAAUAGCUCUGGUGAUUCCAUGUUUGUACUUUAUCUACGAUGAGCCUGAGUCGCACCCUAGGAUCACAGAGAAAGAAAAGGACUUUCUUUUGACACACACUGGAAGAGAUCUGAAAGAGAGCAAAGAGAAGAAGGAGCUUGAAAAGGAGGAUGAAAUCAUUCGUAACCCGUGGCCCGCCAUUCUGACGUGCCCUGCUAUGUGGACGCACUGUCUAGUUGGAAUUGGAGGAGCGUGGGUCAAUUACACCCUGCUGUCUGAAUUGCCAACCUACAUGGAAAAUAUAUUACACUACGACAUCGACGAGGCUGGCCUCAUCUCAGCCCUGCCUUAUCUAUUUGGUUGGAUGAGCUGCAGUAUCUACAGCUUUCUGACAGAGAGAUUAACACGGAGAGGAGUGCACAUUAUGACCAUCUUCAGAGCAUGGGACGCAGUAUCUUGUUUUGGGCCUGCGAUCUGCUUCCUGGCGCUGACCUUCAUCGACUGCGACGUGCCAGCCAUCAUCACGCUGUUCGUCUUCACCAUGGUGUUCCGCUGCGCCAUUUACGGCGGCUCCUACCUCAACCACAUCUAUCUGUUCCCUCGCGCCUACGGAAGCGCGGCUGGUCUUUUUCUGACUCUGGCCAACUCCACAGGGAUCAUCACUCCGAUAGUCACCAGCGCUUUUGUAUCAGGCCGGGAAACAGUACAGCAGUGGAAAUACGUCUUCUACGUGGCGAUGACAAUUUCAUUUAUACCGUAUUUCGUGUUCCUCAUUUUUGGUUCUGUUGACAAUCACGAAAUUAAAUGGGAAGAGCGCAGAGAGAAGAGGAGGAAACAGAAGACGGGCCCAUAA